UUCAUCAAACGCGCUACGUGCAAGGUUUACAGAACUCGUGUCCGACCUAGAUUUAUCGUGUGGGCAAAAGUACAUCCUCGAAAGAAUUGUUGAUCGAACGCUUUCGACACAUGUCGUUGGUGGUUGAGUACUAAAGCAGCAUGUUCUGCUCGUCUGGUGGCAUUCCGUAGGUCAUGAUUUGGUCUGGAAGGAAGCAGCUUUGUGGGUGGGGAGGAACCCGAAUGUGAGCAUGGAUUUUGACCAACAACUCGGCGCAGCUUCUCGGUGUUGGCAUGAUUUGAUUCUUCAGUCGUCCCGCAGCCGGAGUUGGAACUUCCUUUUCAUCAAUGAUGAACCUGCUGAGGAUUACCAAUCUCCUCGGUGUCUGUUCCAAAGGUUCGACUUUGAAAGGGGGGAUUCAGCUCCAUGGGGCCGCGAUUAAGAUGGGCUUCGUUUCCGAUCUGGUUCUGAACAAUUAUUUAGUAGACAUGUAUGGGAAAUGUGGUCGGAUGGAUUUGGGCAGUGCGGUGUUCGAUGGAAUGUCUAAGAGAAAUGUGGUGUCUUGGACCGCGCUUAUGGUUGGGUUUCUGCAACAGGGUGAUGCCGAGGAGUGCCUAAGAUUGUUCAGCGAUAUGGGGUUUUUUGGUGUGAGACCGAAUGAGUUCACGCUGUCGACAAGUUUGAAAGCUUGUGGUUUGCGAGGGAUUGCCGAAAUUGGGAUUCAGAUUCACGGAGUCUGUGUUAAAGCUGGAUUUGAGCAGCACCCAGUGGUGGCCAAUUCAACCAUUUUUAUGUAUUCUAAAGGUGGAAAAAUCACUGAUGCCAAGCAAAUCUUUGAUAGAUUUCCACUAAAGAAUCUUGUUACCUGGAACACAAUGAUUGCAGGUUACUCCCAUGGAAUCCAUGGCAGUAAUGCGUUCCUUUUGUUUCGAGAGAUGCAAGAACAAGGGGUAACGCCUGAUGAAUAUACCUUUGCAAGCUUACUAAAAGCUUGCACUUGUCUUGGAUUGCUUCAGGAAGGAACUCAAAUCCAUGCUUCAUUAAUUACAUCAGGCAUUUCUAAUUCAAACAAUGCAAUUCUUUCAGGUGCUCUCAUCGAUCUCUAUGCCAAAUGCAGAAAUUUACAUGAAGCAAGGAAAGUCUUUGAUAGGACCUUGCAGAAGAAUGUAAUAUUAUGGACAACUUUAAUUGUUGGGUAUGCUCAAGAUGGUCUUGUGAAAGAAGCCAUGAAUUUGUUUCAUCAGUUUUGGAGCUCUGGCAUGCGCAUUGAUGGUCACAUACUGUCCAGCAUAAUUGGUGUUUUUGCUGAUUUCGCUUUAAUUGAGCAGGGAAGGCAAGUUCAUUCCUACACAGUGAAACAUCCAUCAGGAUCAGAUGUAUCUGUAGCAAACUCUCUCAUUGAUAUGUACCUCAAAUGUGGGCUGACAGAAGAAGCAGAAAGGCAUUUCAGAGAGAUGGAAACUAAGAAUGUGGUGUCUUGGACUGCAAUGAUAAAUGGCUAUGGAAAGCAUGGGCAUGGUCAUGUUGCGAUCCACUUGUUUGAAGAGAUGCAAGUAAAAGGGGUUGAGCCUGAUGAAGUGACUUACUUAGCUCUGCUAUCGGCAUGUAGUCAUGCUGGACUUGUGGAAGAAUGCUGCGACUACUUCUCUAGGUUGAUGAGUGAGUGCCAUAUUAAACCAAAUGUAGAGCACCAUGCUUGCAUGGUUGAUCUGCUUGGUCGUGCUGGCCAGUUGCAGGAAGCCAAGAUCCUUAUUGAGAGCAUGCCAGUUGAGGCCAGUGUUGGCAUUUGGCAAACACUUUUAAGUGCUUGUAGGGUUCAUAGAAACCUCGAAAUGGGCAAUGAAGUCGGAGAAAUUUUACUUCAAAUGGAUAGCGGUAAUCCUGUAAAUUAUGUGAUGAUAUCUAAUAUUUUUGCAGAGGCAGGUGAUUGGAAAAAGUGUGAGAGGCUAAGGAAGAUGAUGAAAAGAAAAGGGCUGAAGAAACAGGGAGGCUGCAGUUGGGUGGAGAUUGACAAGGAGGUUCAUUUCUUUUAUGGUGGUGAUGAUUCUCACCCACUUAGCAAUGAAAUACAUGUGGUCCUCAGAAAGGUGGAGAGGCAGAUGAAGGAAGAGCUGGGUUAUACUUGUAGAGUUAGCCUUGCGUUGCAUGAUGUGGAGGAUGAGACAAAAGAAGAAAGCUUGAGGGUGCACAGUGAGAGAUUGGCCAUUGGCCUGUGGCUGGUUCAUAAAGGCUUGGAGAAGACAGAUGAGGUGAUCAGGGUGUACAAGAACCUCAGAGUAUGCGGUGAUUGUCACGAGUUUAUUAAGGGGUUGUCAAGGGUGACUGGGAGAGCUUUGGUGGUGAGAGAUGCAAACAGGUUCCACAGAUUUGAAGAUGGUGUUUGUUCCUGUGGGGAUUACUGGUGAUAUUGUGCCAGUUGAAUCACAGAGACGUGGCUAGUCACUGAAAUUAGCAUUCAGAAAAAGAGAUUAUAGUUUUCCUUCUUUAGAUGAACAAGGAAAUUCAAGUCGAUACUCAUACUGUUCUCGCGAUCCAUGUGAUGGUCCUAUGAUAUCUGAAGAAUUGCAUGUAUGAAACAAGGUCUGCCUUUAUGUGGAAAGAAAAAUGAUGAGACUUGGGAGAAGCUUGCAUCUGACUGCUAGAACAUAAGAGAGAUAAAUCUUGAAAAGAUGGGAACUUGUUACUCAUAUAAAAAGUCAAUGAAAUGGCUACUUUGUCUCUGAUGAUGUAUGAUGAUGGGACUUCUAAUUUGCGGCAAAUAUAAACAAGAUUACUGGAAGAGAUGAGAAACCAAAAACAUCAACUUAAAUGUCCAGAGAGGCUAUAUAUGUGUUUGCAGGAACCUACUGUAUGGUUUUCUAGAGACAUAAUUUCUUGCAAGGAUGUUUAACAAUGCUGUCAAACAAGAUUAAACCAACUUAUUAUCUUACUAAAAGGUCAGUGGACUCUGGAACCUGAUAGUUGCAUUGGCUUGUUGUUGUUGCUGUGUGAAUGGACUAUGUUGAACUUGGAAUGGAGAAAAAUUUAUCAUCAAGCUUUGUUAAG